CUCACAGCGCUUUUCCGAUAUAAUAAUAUUGACAAUCAAAUACGCCGGCUCAACAGAAAAGCUGCCAACGCUUCCGUACGGCAGCUAGCUGACUUCUGAUCGAAUGGGCGCUAAUAUACACUACGCCUAUCUGAGCGAACACACGACGGAGUCCUGUGAUCGACAGUGUGUGCCGGCAUUAGGACAGUGAAGUGUAGCACGCGUCGGGUUGUUGGGGCUAACAUACGGAAGUGUUAGGAGCUACUGAAACUUUACAAAAUAUCAAGUAAAAUUUCCAUAUUAAGUUGUGUGUAUUGAAGAUCAAUUGCAGUCAGUACAAUAUUUUUAUCACUGUUGACACUGGUUUUCAUGCUACCUGUGUCCGUUGUUAUUUCAUAACGGACUGGUUUGUACGCGGACAAUGUACCAAUCGUGAGUGAAGCCAUGCAGAUCAUUAAUGUGUACUCUAUAGAGUCCUCGGAGAAAUGCUUUCUGUGAAUACGCUAGGAUUUAAUAGUGAAUUUGAUUUGAUUAAAUACUUAUUUAUUCAAGAUUUUCAGUGUUUGAAGUCGGUAAACGGAACCUAGAAAACAGUAUGGAUUAGGUAUUCCAGCAGUGGAAAGUUUACCUGGCGAUGUUUGGAUCUACCUGUAGUAUACACAAGUACCCUAAGGGACACAGGGAAUGGUACGGUGAGUGAUAGGAAACUUGAUUGAAAAAACGUAUUUGAUAUUAAAGAACAGGUAACACGAGCAGCUUCAAUGAAUACAUGUCUGGCGAUGUCCAAAUAGUUCUGGAUAGUGCGGGUAAUUAUCUGUACACACACCGGCUCGCUGUAUUGGUGGUUAAAACAAACGCCUAUAUAUUCUCCGUGUUUUAUUUAAAGUGAUCAUAUGGGAGUGUUUACCCGAUAUCGUCUACACCUUAAAUGGAAAUUGUUCGUCAAUUGAUCUCUGGCAGACCAAUGUUUGCUGUGGUACCACUUUAAAACUCCAAAACAAUUUGUGAGGCGACGUUGAGCGUGUUGUGAUGGUACAUGUGGUGUAUGGGUGCCUCUCUAGUCCGCUAUGGGUCUGCUGAUCCGGUCCAACCACUCCCAGCACACCUUGGAAUUAACUGCUGUACGCGUGAGGAGGAGGGGGAGGAGAAUAUAUAAUCAACACAUGCCACAGUAUUGGAUUUAUUUGAGAGCUUCUUCUUUCAAGGAAUAUGGUGACCAACUAUUCUGUGUUUCCUAAUCUGGAACAUGACUUGUUCGACAAUGAGAGCGCUGGAGGUAACGUUUCCGGCGAUACAGAACCUAGUGGGCCAUAUACUCUGGUGGAGAGUAUAGUGAUAGGGACGAUCCUAUCUCUGGUCAUUAUUCUAGCCAUUGCAGGAAAUAUCCUCGUCUGUGUGGCCGUAUUUACUGACCGGAGAUUGAAACACCUCAACAAUCUAUUCAUUGUGUCCCUGGCCAUCGCGGAUCUCCUGGUGGCUAUUCUUGUGAUGACAUUUGCUGUAGUAAACGAUAUACAAGGGAGAUGGCUUUUCGGGUCUGUAUUUUGCAAUAUUUGGAUUUCGUCUGAUAUAAUGUGUUCAACCGCUUCCAUCCUUAAUCUCUGUGUUAUUAGCCUCGAUAGGUAUAUACAUAUCCGGGACCCGUUACGUUACGAUGCCUGUAUGACUUGGAAGAAAGUUGCGGCUAUGAUUUCAUCCGUUUGGAUUAUGUCUCUCAUCAUAUCUUUCGUUCCUAUACAUUUAAAAUGGCACAAAAAUCCAGAAGAUCACGACAAACCUCCAGACGAAAAUUCUUGUAACUUGGAGUUGAACCGAGCCUACGCAGUCGUAUCGUCCACAAUAAGUUUCUAUAUCCCGCUCAUUGUCAUGCUAGCAAUUUAUAUACAACUUUAUGCUUAUGCACGGAAACAUGCUGCCAGCAUAAAGAAAAUCAACACGCCUUUACCACAGGACAGAUUUAACAAUUCAAACGGUAAAAACAGUGGUUCCAAAAUAUCAGACCACAAGGCGGCUGUGACUCUUGGUAUAAUUGUAGGUGUUUUUCUCCUCUGCUGGUUGCCUUUCUUUAUUUUGAAUCUGAUAUUAGCCUUUUGUGAAUGUGAAGUACCGUUGGCUGUGUUCAGCAUUCUUAGUUGGUUAGGGUACGCCAAUUCCUGUUUAAACCCAAUCAUUUAUAGUAUCUUCAAUAGAGAUUUUCGUGAAGCAUUUAAACGAAUUUUAUUCCCAAAAUCAUGCAAGUGUAUUGAAAAUAGACGUCAUAAUAACGGAUUUAAUCACCGGAGUCCAAGGAAACAAAUGAACAAAUCGGAAUAUAUUAUGCAUUCAACAGAAAAUGGUUCUAAAAGGGACUGUAAAGAGCCCCUUUGCUCAGAAAUGACAGCUUUGUAAGCCAAACAGCCUUCCAGGUGAGAUCCAGAGGCUUUCAACGCCACAUUGUAGUAUACAUUAUAUUCAGAGAGAGAGAGAGAGAGAGAGAGAGAGAGAGAGAGAGAGAGAGAGAGAGAGAGAGAGAGAGAGAGAGUGAGUGAGUGAGUGAGUGAGUGAGUGAGUGAGUGAGACAACAGGAGAGUAACAGGUAAUAGUGGAUUUAGGUAAAGAAGGAAUGAGAGAAGAAGGGAAAAGUUUGCUACUUAUUGUUUGUAUCAUACUAAAUACCAUUAAAAAUACAUGUGAAAUGUCGCAAAAUGUUACACAGCAGAUAAACAUGAAUAUAUACGCAUAUUUAUAAUAUCCACCACAGUUAAGAUUUGCAUAAUGAUCCCGUUAAAUAUUUCAUUUUAAAUUGUUAUUUUUAUUUUACGUAUUUGCAUGCUUAUUUCAGAAUGUUAUGAAACGAUCAUCAAAAUGAACCUAAAAUUUAAUAUACAAUGAAUGCCAAAUAUAACCUUCUAAAAUUGCUGUUCAUACUGUAUAAGUGAAGUACUAUAUAAAGACAACACUUUGUAUCAACAGCCAGAUAUAUAUAUGACAAACGUUAAGAGCUUUCAUGCAUUGAUCAUGGCCAUAGUAGUUAUAAGCCUAUACAUUAUUCAAUCCUGUCCGGGCUAGCUUACUUCAAUAUUUUGAUUUAUCCUAUAUUCCUGAGUUGCCCACGACUUUACAGGGGUGACUGGAAUAUUUACCGAUUUAUUGUGCCAAAGCAAUUUAAAUGUACAAAGGGUAAAACCUAGGAAUGAACAAACAUUUUCAUUUUGAAUGUAUGGACUUAUUCACACAUAGAAUUGGUAAAUAAACAGGCGUGAACAUAUAGAAUGACCAAUUAAUUUCUCUGAUGGUAUUGCGUACAGGCAUAACUUUGCAGUCUAGAUCGUAUGUACCACGAUAAACGUCAAAGAACAGUUAAUUAGCUUUGUUUUGAAGCUUACCCAUUUAUUCAUAAUCAAUAACACUAAAUGUUCUCCUAACAUACGUGUUAAAUGAUUCUGUGAUUUCGACUAGAUUCCAAUAUCCUAGCGCGGCAAGAACAUGUUACGAAUACUAUCAUAGAAUUCUCAUUCUUAGAGGUAAUGGAAGUUUAAAGAUGUGUGGGUCGAUACGUGGCCCGACACUGAUCCUUGUAUAUAUAGACACUAUCACCGAUCACCGCCGGGUCACGCUAUCUACCUGUAGGCAAGUAGGAUAAAAUAUCAACGAGGUCCCAGGCUAAAUUAUAAAAUGUUCGACAUGAAUGUUAUCUUAGUCUCUCAGUAUGUCAUAAAACAGGUUGAAACAUUAACACGUGUUUAAACAAACUGGCGCUUUGAGAUAUUAUAAAAAAUAGAGGUGAAAUAUCCACAACAUAUUUUAAAAAUCAGAAAUGAAGAUUUCCCAAAAGCAACCAAAGGGCAAAUAUCUAUUUAUGUACAUGGAAAUGUUGAUUAGUAUUACAACUGUAAUUCCAAGUAACAAGGAAAUAAGAUAUGCAAAACCAAAUUUCACCUCUUCAAAAUGCUGCAAAAUUCAAUUACGGAUCUAUUUUCAUGAAAAAAAUAUGAAUGGAAAUAUCAUUUAAUAAAUUUUCCUUUUCUCAAAUGAAGUUAUACAGCAAUUUCUAAUAUUAACAUGGUAUUUGAUAAAGUUGUAUGUGCAAAAGAUAUGACCUUUGUUUGAAUACUACAAUAGACAAAAUAGGUAUUGGAUGUCGACAUAUUAUUCUGGUCAGUGAGCCUAUUUAAGAAUAUGAGAUUUAUAUUCGUUUCCUUCUAUAUUGGUAUAAGAGGACGUCCCAUGGUUAAAGAAAUUCAAUAUGAAUGCUAACAUUAGUACAUGUCUCAAAACAUGUACAAACUUACUUGAAAUAGCAUACAAUUACCAUAUCAUGAUUUUUCAGUGGUAUUGUUAUAUAACGCCGGGUCGUGUAGGUAACACAGGACUCCUUUGGUAUAAGAGACAUUCAUUACUUAACGCCGGGUCAUAUAGGUAACAUGACUUCCUGGGUCAAAAAGACAUUCGUUAGUUUCCGUCACAUCUUUAUCUUCUCACUAUGGCAUUGUUAAGGUGGUUCUGGACUCUCUGUCACUCGGACAUCGAUCUGUUUUCCAAUCGAGUAGUUGUGGCACUGGAUCUUGUUGACCCGGUACAUACUCUGUGUUAAUUAAACACCGUGUAGGCAGCAGGCCUUCUAUUCCUGUAUGCACAGACACGAGAAGACAAAAUAUAUAACCAUCUAUAUUAUAUUAUUUGAUACCUAUACAUUUUUUUAACUAUCUAAAGUAUACUGUUGUAUUUUUAAAAAUAUGGUUUCGUCUUUUCGGACCGAUACCUAUUCUAUAUACCUUUACAUUCUGUUAUAGCCUUUUAACAUAUCAAUAACCACAAACCAUCUUCUUAUUACCAUAGAAAUGACAAGAUAUACUAUACAGGAAUGUCAAGGUUGUCAAAACACUAAGUACAUUUGUGCGCCACCAUGAAUUUAAUAUUAAAUUUGCUUUUGAGCAAAUUUUAUUAUCAUUGCCUGACACAAGAUAUGUAAUUUCGAAAAAGCAUAAUAUCAAGAAGCUUCUGAUGAUAAAUUAGCACAAGACAAAAAGGCUUUUAACUUUCAUGAUUUCUUUCAUAUCAGACACUUACAAGACGUCAUGCCGCGUAGUAAUUCCAAUUGCUGAUGUCACUGGCUACCUGCGGUGAAAUACAAGGGUUAAGGGGGAUAGUCAAUCUUACAUUUAUUUAAAUUGUCAAUAUAUAUAUAUAUAUAUAGUUAUCUACAUAUUGUAUUUUUGUUUCUAGAUAUCAUACCUAUUAUAUUUAGCAAACAUAACAGUUGUAGUUGAAAUGUCUAUUGCUUUAUACGAAAUCGAUUUUAGAAAUAUCUCUGUAAUCUUAAUUUAUUUCAAUCAAUGUAGUGUAACAUAUCUAAGUCCGUUUAAUACAUAUAUUUCUAAUAUAUAGAUGGUAAAUAUACAAUAUCCUUUCCUUUUAACUUAGUUCAGAGGACAUCGAAUAACUCUUGUCGUAUCUGCUAAUAUCACUACAAAACAGCAAUUUAAAGACCCGCGCUUUGGCUGUCUGUCGUCCUAAUGGAGUUUGCUUUUUCAUAUUAAUGGUAUAAUUCGGUCGAUGAAUUAUCAGUUUAGCUGUCUCUUUAAUUUAAAAUUUAGUAGCUGUCACCAUAGACAAGUGGUGACCUAGUUUAGGGGACAGGGUAGUUAACUUUCCAUUAUAUUCCGAAUGAUCAGUAAUGCUCAGUCCGUCCUUCACGUCAAGUGACCAUCUCAUGGUAAAAUAAGUUUUGUCAUAAUCACACAUAGCCAUAAUCAAUGUAUAUUACCGCCAAAAAUUGUUCUACACAUAACUCAUGUCAAUCAUUAGGUAUUCAUGCGCAAAUAGCUAUUUCUAAAUUCAGUAUCAUACUGAUCUCCUUAGCCAAAUUAUCUUUAAGAUAGAUUUUACACUGUUAUAAUUUUGUGAGAGAGUACAGGUGUGAGAACGUACAGGAGAGGGAUAGGACAGAGAGGAAAGGUGUGAGGAAGUAGAGGUGUGAGAGAGGAUAGGUGGAGGAUAAGAUAGCCGUGAGAGAGGAGAGGUGUGAUAGAACAUAGGUGUGAGAAAAUACAGGAGAGGGAGAUCACAUAUAUGAGAAAAUACAGGAAAGGGAGAGGACAGAUGUGAGAAAGUACAGGAUAGGUGUGAGAGGGAAUUGAUGUGAACGACUGGUUUUAGCACAUAUGACAUCUACCACGUAGAAGUAGACUUGUCUUUAUAUUUUGUUCAGAAGUCACUGCAAUAUUUAUUAUAACAUUGUUGAAUUGCGUUCUCAUUUGUUAACAUAUACUUUAAUAAAUAUAUUCUUUUGUUAGCUGUUAGACAGGAGAGGUCAUUUUUAGAUAAUAUAGUUACAUAUAUGGUACAAUACUUCAUUUAAGCAAACAUAGCUUUAAAGGCACACAUAGUAGGAACUAGAUAUGCAAACUAGUUCAUCUUACAUUUACAGCAAUUUCAGAAUUAGUAAACGAUUAAAGCGGUAAAGUAGAGAAAACAUAUAUAACAUGAUGGUCAGAUCGGUCGUUCGAAAGUCUUUGUUUAGUAACUUAAGCAACAGGAGAUUGCAGUGAUACAACAGCAGGAUCGUCGAUAGGAAUGGAAUUAUAUAGUAUUUGUUUUUGGAGUGACUAGAUUCUAAGAAAUCUACAAUAACAUUCAUUUAGUAUUGUACAUCAGUUACUAUAUUUACUGAUGUAUGGUCAAACUGUUACUAUAUAGAGACUGAAGAAUGGUACUAUAAUAAAUGUAGUAUCACAAUAGUAUAUUGUAUGAUGCCUGUCUUUCAACUUUAACUGUUGCUUGGCAUAACCGUUACUAUAGUUACUGAAGGAAGGUGCAACUGUUACUAUAGUGAUUGUGGUACGCUGAAACUUUAAAGAGUUUUUUUUAUUACUUGGGUGUUACUGAAGGCUGGAUCCUAUCCAAUAUAUAUUUAAAUAAGCGGCGAAGUUCUUCGCCAUUCCUCUCUCUAUUGUUACACUGCAAUCAUAUGUGAUAAUAAUGGAAUGGAUGUUGUCCCAGCUCUGGGAAAUCGAAGAAAAUUGGAACAUGCUGUUGAUUUUGAAUCUGAGCCAUGUUUCGUAUUAUGUAUAUAAUUCUAAACAGACAUCAGAUGUUUAAAGAUUGUCGGAGGGUAGGUAGAGAUCCUUGCUCGAGGCGGUACAUCUCCCAAAGGUUAUUUCGGAGAUAAUUACUUGUAAAAUGAAGGAUUUUUGAUGUAUAAUAUAUAGAAUAACAUGAAUAAUUGUUAAUGAUAGCAUAGAUUAAUAACAUUCCAAACCACGAGGAAGUUAAGGCAUCUAUUAUGAUAAUUCAAUAUUUAAUAUUCUAUAUAUCAAAAAAGUUUAUCGUUAAGCAAAGUGCAUAUUAUCUUUGACGUUAAUGUUGACUGAUUUUCUUUAAGAUUUUAUCAUGUAAACUUCAAGAGAAUAUCUAUUAAUGUAAUGCUAUUUUUCUCUGAACCAUUGUUUAUAUAUGAUACAGUAUUACCAAAAUGCCGACAAACUUUUGGUAAAGUUUUGUUCUUUUAAAGAAAUCCAGCAAUCAAAUACUGUAUACUUUUUGUAUUUGCUCAGAUCAUGUGAUGCUUUAUUAAGUUUAAAACAAUGAAGUUGUUUGUUUUCCAAGUUGACGAAUUAUAUUGUCUGAAGAAAAUGAAAGCGUCAUGUAAAUUGUAUUUCAUUUGUGGAACUUGUAUCAAUCAUAUCGAAAUUAUUAUUUUGCAUUUUGUUCAUUGAAAACUACCUGGCUAAACUAGGUGCAGAAUAUUAAUCUUUAAAGCAGUAGAGUUUUAUAUAUGUAUGGAGUUUGACCUCUUGACCAUUUAGUGAGAUUGUUCGAUGACCCUAUUUUAAUAGGUACAGUAAAUACAAUGCAAAUGCAGAAGAGAGUAGCAAUAUUAUAUAUGUGUAUAUUGGGUUCCGUAGCGGGACAAUUUAUUGUGAUAUUUAUUAAAGCUAAAUAUGCUAUGUGAUAUAUUAUUACAAUAUAAAUAAAUUUGACAAAUAUUUUGA